AUGGAUACUCCCAGCUUACUGCCGCAAGUCGAGGCUUUGGCCGACAACAUCGAUGAUCUGGAGGAUUCUCUGGGCCCGCUGCUCCAGAGCGCCCUUUCAAGCCACGCUAGCAAACUGCCGCUGCUCGACAAAGCAAAGCUGUACACCCUUGUCACCUAUGCCAUAGAGUCCAUACUCUUCUCGUACUUGAACCUGAAUGGCGUCAAGGCCAAGGAACACGCCGUCUUCACCGAGCUCACCCGUGUGCGCCAAUACUUCCAGAAGAUCAAGCAGGUCGAGGAGGCGCCCGUCAAGCCCAACCAGUCUCUCGACAAGGCUGCUGCCAACAGAUUUAUCAAAGCCGGCCUCGCCGGCAACGACCAGUACGACAAGGAGCGCGCCCUGCGCCAGGCCAAGGAGCGAGCCAUUGCUCAGCUCAAGUUCGAGCAGCUGUCCAAGAAACGUAAGGCUGAAGAGAGCAAGGAAUCGUCCGAAUCCUCGAGUUCCGAGUCGGAGGAAGAACAGGAGCCAGAGCAGCAGCCGCCGCGGAAGAGCAAGCGCGCCAAGGCUGCCGAAUUGUGGGAAGCUGAGGAUAAGAAGCCGAAAGGAAAGAAGCAUGGCAAGCAAAAGAAGACCGAGGAACAAGCUGCGGAACAAGAAGAGAAUGUGAGCGGGGAGGAUGGGGAAGUCAACGAGACCCGUAGCACACGGAGACAGAAGUCCAGCCACGUUCCACUCGGCCACAAGGGUGCAUUCGAGGCGCUACUGAAGGGGCCCAUCCCAAAAAGGGAGGAAACACAGGCACCAAAGAAGAAGGCAAAGGGUAAGAGGAAGUCAAAGGCGUAA